AAAAUUGGAGCUACAGCUGAGCCUGGAAAAAAGUAGACGCUAAACGACUAAAACAAUCAGUGAUUGAUAAGAGCUAAGCCGGAGAUAAUCGUGACUUCUUGGUCAAUACGACAAAAGCCGCCGUGGAAGACCAACUAAUUUCAUACUGUCUGUGACCACGAUUUUUGACAGUGCAACGGCAUAAAUCUACGACAAGUCACUGGCUGUUUGAGCAGUACUGUAGUACAUAGCCAAUACACAUUAGUCGCAUUACCUUGUUCAAUCACGGUCACACAGGAUUAGCGAGAACUUCCCGAGAAGGCACAUAGCGGCGAUCGCCAAGUAACUAGCAACGAUUCAGAAUGCCGUUCGGAAAGAAGAAGCAGAGCUCGGAGAAAGCCCCACAGGGUGGAGGGUAUCCGACGCAGGCGAGAGCGGCUUAUCCGACACAACAGGCUGCAGCACCCUAUCCUGCCCAAGCUGCUCCGGUUGCUGCUGCACCAUACCCAGCAGCGGGCGGUGCUCCCUAUCCUGGGCAAGCUGCUCCGGUUGCUGCUGCACCAUACCCAGCAGCGGGCGGUGCUCCCUAUCCUGGGCAAGCGCCAGUUGCUGCACCAGUCGCGCAGCCCUAUCCUGGAAAUCCGUCAGGUCCUGCUGUUGCGGACGCUCCUCCAGCAUAUCCAGGACUCCCCGGCCCUGCAGGUCAGUCAGCAGCACCCGGCCCGGCUUACCCGCCCGUGCAAGGGGCAGGAGCAGCAGCCCCGCCCGUAGCUCAGCCUGUACCCGCUGGAGCUGCCCCCGUAGCACAGCCUGCACAGAUACAUGUCAUUCAAGCAGCACCGGCACAUUUUGAAGCUGGCGCAAGGUUUGGCGCUGCAGGAAGUGGUGGGAGCGUUAGUGUCCCGCCUCCACCGCCGGGGUAUGCACCGAAUGUAGCACAAGUGGCAGCUGCUUCUGGCCAAAAUGUCCAGGUGCAACAGAGGCAAGGAACGAUCUUCGGUGGCGGCGGAGAUGCUGGCGUGUCGUGGGGUGGACUGUGAACAUGGAUGCUGGUUCUCCGACAAUGCUGUAGUCAUCAUUGUGCGGUGCUGGCUUCAGUACUGGCCAGUGCUUGGGACAUCACCGCGAUCGUGAACCACGAGAUUAUACUAUUAUGAAACCUUUCCCGCUUUAGCGCACCUGGUGUGUGUAGCAAUGUUCUUUUCCCUCACUUUCCAUUUCAAGAAUGACCAGAGAGUGAUGAAACGAAGGUGUGUUAGUACUCCCCCGAUUCUGACCUUGGUUAUUCCGCCCGGUGCUGACAACCUCGUUGCAUUCAGGGGUCACUGAUAAAAUGGCGUUGAACUGGUCUGCAUGGGGUAUCUAACCGUAUGACUGUACUCAUCAACUGAAUAUUCAGACUCAGCAGAGCACCGCGUAUUAGUCUCUUUUUUUUUAAAUUUGCAGUUGCCACGGAGUGAUACGGUACACAGUACGUCAACUUCCAAUGUUUUCUGUAUAAGCUGUUACAAAAUACAAACUUUCGAGGUACACCUAUCUUUAUGCUAUUAAACAUACUAUCUUCUUUCUUGUCAAUGGAAGAGAGUGUGUAGGCUCUACUCUGAACUGUUUAUGAAACUGCAGGAAGCCUCCCCACUUUUCGUGACUUAAUCUUCUUUCUUUCAACGGUUAUUGAUGAUUGAACAUAGAGCGUGACGCAGUGUACAUCCA